AGCUCGAAGCCCAUGUACGAUACCUCCAGCUCUCCCAAAGAGCAAAGAGCCUCCCGCCCGACGUCUUAGGACUCACCACCGCUCAACAUCGCUCAAUUGCACGAGUAUGAAGCGGUGAUAGCUCCCUCACAGACCGAGCGUGUCUCCUGUCUCCCCACAAUCCAUCUCCCCCGUCCAUCUCUCGUCCAUCCUGUCCCACCGACAACCCACGACGACAUCAUGCCACCACACCUACACCCGAGGUCGCGCAUGACCUCAUCGCUUUUCGCGACCACCGUCUUCGCCAGCUUCCUCGUUGUCGGCCUACCGCAUAUUCUGCCCUGUCCAGCCCCGCGUGUCACAUAUGCCGACGGUGACGUCGUCGUCGGCGAGGACGGCCGCCGUAGGAGGCGGAGGAGGCGCGAAACCCCAGAGAUCAAGGACGGCAUGGUACAGUUCAACCAGAUGGGCGACGAGGAUGGCGAGGCACGACACAUUGCGGAAGGACGCUCGCAGCGUGAGUGUCCCGUGCCUAAGCCAGGCGGGAUACUGGGAGAAUGGCUAGGGUUCCAUGCCCACAAGGCAAAGCCGGAGGGCGGGGGCGGGGGCGAGGGGGUGGGCGUGAGCGAGGGUAAUCGAAUACAAAGACCGAGAGGUGGUUGAAAGGAAAUCUUCGGAGAUGACGAACAUACACAAAAGCAAAAACAAAAAAAACAUAUACCCGCUUUCUGAGCAUCCGCCCCCGCGAUAUCCCAUAAAGGCACCCUGGGAAUGGUCCUUUGUCCCUAUCUAUGCUCUCCUCCCUUGAUAUACUUCAGUACUCAGAGG